AUGUCAGCAUCCAAUACUCCAAACCGUAUACGUCAUACACCAAAAACAACUCGUGCUUAUGAAUCGAGUGAUGGUGAUACACCAAGUCCAGCACGUUUUCGAUCAAAACGUAAUUGUAAUAAUGAAACAAAUGAAAAUUUACAACGACGUAACAAAUAUCAUCCAUAUCAAGCUCCUGCUUGUUUUGAUGAAAAUGCAAAUGAACCAUUUCAUGAUGAAAAUCAACGAACUCCAAAUAAACCAUCGACACCAAAUAAUCGUACGAAUAAAUCAAAUAUAAAAAAUGAUGAAAGACCCAAAACACCCAAACCUAGUUUUGAAGAAGAACAACAAGAAUUACAAAAAUCUUUAUCGAAAGAUUGGUGUGAUAAAAUGGAUAAUGAAGAAGCAGAAGAAAAAAAAUUACAUAGUUUUGUAUUGUAUUUAAAACAAUUUUCUGUACAUGAAAAUAAAACAACAGAAGAAAUUCUUGGUUCAAUUGAAUGUUGUCCGAAAGAACUUUUACGACGACAAAAAGAUAUUAGUAAAGGUAAAUUAUCUAAAGCAUAUGAAGCAUACAUAUCAGCGAUUCCUCGAAAAUGUCGGGCACGACAACAUCCACGUACACCAUGCAAAUAUGCUAAAAUGUCUCGACGUGGUUUUGAUGGAGCAAUUAAAGCAUGGCGUCGAAAACUUCAUGAAUUUGGUUCAGAUAAAUUAAAAGAAAAUGGUGGUAAUAAUGAUGAUGAUUCAAUUUCUUUAUCAUCAUCAUCACAACGUAGUGAUGGUUAUUCCACUCCAUCAUCAGCAUCCAUGAGCUUGGAAGAUAUUGAUGAAAAUUUCUUACCUGAUUUAUAUGAUUUCGAAGAAUCACUUGCAGUUAAUUCAAAUAAUAAUCAAGAUAUUGAACUUAAAUUUGGUCCAGUUAUUGAUAUUGAUGUAGCUGAUUCAAUGGAUACAAUUGUGAAUAAUGUUGAUUCACGCUCAGCAAUGGCAUUUGAUUAA